AUGCCUGCUACCAAGAACGAGUCGAGUGAGACAGACGUGAGCGGUAAGAAGUGGACUGAUGACGAGAAGUUGGCGUACCUCGUUGUCCUGUGCGGGCAUGAGGGCGGACUCAAAGCCAAGAUCGAUAAUGCGCCUAAGCUAGCUGGUCGGAGUGACAUCGCUUGCAGGAGAAUGAUCGAGCGUCUUGAGGAGCAGUUCAAGCAGGAGAUUGCUCGUAUGAAGAAAUCGAAGAUUAGCAACGGCCAGACUACGAACAAGCGCAAGAACAAGAACGGCGAUGACGAGGAGAAUGGUUCUAACGAGGGCACGCCUAAGAAGAACAAGAAUAAGAGCAGUGUUGGUGCCAAACUCUUGAUUAAGGAGGAAAUUCCUGAGGAGGAGAUUCCUGAGUAG